UAGUUUCAAAAUAUACUAAAAAAAAAUUUGAAAAUAUAUAAAAAUAGCAAAAUUUAUUGUAAAUUUAUAGUGGAGAUUCCUAAUCAACUAUAACUGGCGUAAGUCAUUCCUUGCCUCAUACAAUUCCUUGUUAAUAUUCCUCGCCGAGGGUCCCAUAGCCACGAGCUCCUAGAUAAAUAAAUCUGUGAACCAGGGUACUUACACCUAAAAGUACUUGAGCAAAAUUACCUCCGGUUGAGAAUCACAUACGGGUAUAUUUACUAUUAACUACAUCGAAGCAUCAUGAACUGAAUGUGCUCAAAAGUCAAGACCUUGAAAUUACUACUAGCAAUUCUUAUCCCACAGUGACUCUUACGAACUCACAUUCCAUUUUUCAAACUAUAAUGUUCCUUGUAUAUUUCUAAAAAUUGGAACACAGUUAUCCCAAUUUUAAAACAACUUUUUGGAAUAGACGGGUGUAUAAAAAUUUUUCGUCUUAUAGAGGUCUCAAAGCAAAAUGUCUCGUAAAAUUUUAAAUUGUUUGCAAAAACUUAUGCGAUCGUUUUCAAAGAAUCACUCAAAUAUUCCAAAGGUUGAAAUUGUGGAAAAACGAAAAAUUGUUGAUAAUGAAGACAUUGUGAAAUCGUACAAUAAACCGGGUGAAGCAGGUAUAUGUAAUUUUAGUACACUUAAUGGUUUUAAGACUUACAACUGGUAUAUCCCAUAUGAGCAUAACACUAGAAUGGAUGAGGAAUACUCAUCAGAAGUGAAUUUGAAAAACAAUUACCUUAGCCCGUAUGCAGUAUAUAAGAAUAAAGUGAAUGAUAAACCCACAAGAAAACAUGAAUUAAAGCAACCCACAUCAAAUAUUGUGAAUAGUUAUUAUGAAAUCAUUCGUCAAAAGAAAAAUGCCUUAAUACCAACUGAUCGCAAAACGAAACAAAAUAAAAACUCAUUAUCGGCAUCAAUUGCUAGUUACUCGGAUAACUAUAAUAAUAAAAUACAGUCUUCCCACCGAAAAAAAGAUACUUACUUUACAAAUACACCGACUUUAAAGUUCACAUCGACACAUGUGAAAAGAAGUUCUGAGGUAUCACGUCUAGAUGACGUACAUAAUGAAAUUCUAAUACCGAAAAAAGAGUAUAUAAAGAGCUUACAUGACGUUGUUGAGGAAAAUGGUCUGAAAUGGGUGGUGAAUAUGGAAAACUCAGACCAAUACUUGAAAUUUAAGUCACCAACGUGUUAUGGAGAAAUCAAAAGUCAAAUAUCUGACUUUGUGAAUUACAAAGAUGUCAGACGUUCCACUACAACUACUGACAUUACAAACGAGAGCUUGCCAACAACGCUUCAAAAGGAAACUAAGAAGGGUGAAACUGUAAAAGGAUAUAAAUCAAAUAUGGAUUAUAAGUCAUCCUCCAACUCUUUUGAAGCUAUCGAGUCAUCAAUACCAGCAAAUAGAAAUACUCAGCAAAAACUUGAUUUUUCGGACAUGACUGACUGGUAUAACUUUACGUGGUCUAUCUAAUCCAAAAUCGAUCGUCUUACAACUUUUUCUUGAGGAAUGAAUGAUUUCUUCGAAUUUAUUUUCAUUAAUGUUGAUGAAUACUUAAAUAGGAAUAAAAAAUGCUAUUAUUAACAAA